AUGACGCGACGAGGGAAUUCCGAGCCCAGCGAGGGGGAGAUCGCGGGGGCGUACGGCGCGCUCGAGCGCGCGCGGGCGUCGGAGACGUCGAAGAGCGCGCGCGGGGGGAAGCGGGCGCCCACGGGGCGCGUCGGGGCGCUGGUGCGCGCGCUGGGGGCCACCGUGAGCAAGGACGAGCGAGAGAUAUUAAAGCGAUGCGAGACAAUCGCGGAUCCGACGGGGAGCGGGACGUUCGAGCUGAAAAAGUUGGGAGAUGUACUUUUGAUGCUUCGCGAGGAGGGGCGUCUGCCGACGUCGACGUCGAGUGAGACGCGGGCGUCGCGAAGGGCGACGCGAGCCUCCUUUGGGACGGAGCGCGCGGGGGAUGUCAAGUCGGUUUUGAUCGUCGACGACGUGGCGCUGGUGCGUAGGAUUCACGCCGGGCACGUUGGAAAGUUAGGGUAUCGAACUAUCGACGCGCGUGACGGAGCGGAGGCACUACGACUUUACGGAGAGAACCACGCCGGGUUGCAGGGAAUUUUGCUGGACGUGAUGAUGCCCGGGAUGGAUGGAUUUCAGACUGCGGGGGGUAUCCGAGAGCUAGAACAGAAGCAAGCGUUGAGACGAAUGCCCAUCAUCGCUGUGACUUCUCUCACCGAGAAGGAGAUGCAAUGGGACGACAAACUGGCGUCGUUCGAUGGUCACGUGGACAAACCAACGUCGAUGUCGACGUUAGCGUCCAUUUUCAAGUCGAUGAGCAUGACGCCCGAUCUACGCAUAUCCGAAAACGAGGCCACGGGCGCGGCUCACGCGAGUCUUCUCGAUCCUCACGGAGUGAAGAGAACCAGAGGCGCGAACAUGCCGUCGAGUAGCGAAAGCGAUGCGGAUGGAAAUCUUGAUGGCUCUAAUGAAGGUUCGAGCGAACAAAAUGGGCGGAAAGGUUCAAACAGCGAUCGCGAUGCGGAGGGACAGCGCUCGAGCGGGGGAUCCGGGAACGAGGAAGGUCAAAAUGCGUACGUUUCACCGCGAUCGGAGCGCCGGGUUCGCUCACCGGGUCCGGACAACCGUUCGAGACGGCCCGCAAAUGCGACGAUGGCUGGCUCAGGUAAAAACACGUCUGGUGGAAACGCCAGCGAUGAAGGUUCCGGUGACGCGUCUAGACAAGGUUCGGCGGACGAAGAUGGUGAAAUGAAGAGUACCAUGGAUACAAAGGCGGAGACAGCGCCUGAAUCCAACGCAAAGGUCAAGGAUUUGGCGACAGGAAAGGUGCCAUCUGCUGAUAACGGCGACGCAGAGAUCAAAACGGCGACAAAAACAACUCGUGCGUCGGCUGGGAAAGCCGUUGAGAAUGAAGAAUCGCCGAAUGCGAAAGCCAUGGAAGAGAACACGCCGAUACCGUGUGCCAGAUGCGGCUCCGACAGGACGCGCUUUUGCUACUACAACAAUGGGCUCCCUACCCAGCCACGGUACUAUUGUCGCUCGUGCCAGCGCUAUUGGACGGAUGGUGGCAUCCUCCGAAACUUGCCGGAGGGUAGUGGAAAACGGAAAGACCGCGCACCUCUAAUUAACACCAAUCUACCGCAGACAUCAGUGCCGCUGGCACCUGAAACGGCGCCGCAGAAGCCGACAGUUCCCGUCACUACGAUGGUAUCUGGCGAGGCGAAUGCGAAUGCCCCAACCGAGAUGCAACGAGCCGUGUUAAUGCUAAUGACGCAAGUCGCUGGAUUCGAUGUCAAUCAUGCAGCGAAACACGCUGGCGUCGUCGCGUCUCGAGCUGGUGAACAAGUGGCGCAGGCCGUGCUGCAAAACCUCGGGCACACCUCCGAGGCGAUCGAUAUGGCCAUCUCCAUGGCAAAGAUCACCGGUUGGCGCAUUGGGUUGUCCGUGUCCGCCGUCGCCACGGCUUCCGUGAGCCAAGGAUUGAAUCCGGCUGAAAUUUCAAACUUAAUAUCGACACAACUGCCGUUUUUGGCGGACACACUCGUGCGUGAAAUUUCUGAGCAAGCCAAGACGAUGAAGCUCAUGCGGAAAUCGCCGAGCGGUGGCAGUGACUCUGGUGGAUCGGGCGGUACGGGUGAAGAAAAUGGUGGAAAAAGCGCAACAAGCGCAAAGUCGGCCUCAACGACCGCUACCGCCACCGCCAUGGGAACUUUACCCAGCACUCAGGAAGCUUUAAUGCAGCGCUGGAUGAGCGAUUUGCGAAACUUCGGUUUUGGAGCGUCUCAGGGCACGGGCAUGCCACCCGCUAAUGAGACCGAAAUUCCAGUGGCGCGGAAGCCAUUCGAGAGCAACGUUCAAGCUACCGCAAAUCUGAGAACGAUCGAGAAGUCGAGCUCAUCGGCGUUUGAAGUGCCCAAGUCGGCGUCGACGGGUGCAUUCACAGUGCCAAUGCCGGUGCCGCGUACUGCUAACGCCCCAGCUCCCAUGAAUUUUCCCAUGAACCCGACCGCAUGGCUCGCGAAAAUGAAUCGGCAGGCUUCGCUCAGAUCUCAACAGAAUAAUUCAGGCACACCGCCGACGCAACAACACUUCGUGAAGACUGAGGUUCCUCGUGUGGAUGACAAAACUCGUCCUGAACGAAAAUGA